GGGGGGGGGGCUAUAUAAGUAAUCAUGGCUGCAGAAGCGGGCUGUGAGCAUUAUGUUCGGAGCUGUUUGCUGAAAGCGCCCUGCUGUGGGAAGUUUUACGUGUGUAGACUCUGCCAUGAUGCUGAGGAGAAUCAUCAGAUGGACCGCUUUCAGGUUAAAGAGGUCAGGUGUGCAGUGUGUCACGCUGUUCAGCAGGCGCAGCAGGUGUGUGAAGCCUGCGGGGUGAAGUUUGGGGAGUAUUACUGUGAUAUCUGUCACCUGUUUGAUAAAAACAAGAAGCAGUAUCACUGUCAGCCCUGUGGAAUCUGCAGGAUCGGUCCGAGAGAGAAGUACUUCCACUGUUUGAAGUGUAAUUUAUGUUUAGUCAGUGAUCUUCAGGGGAACCACAAGUGUGUGGAGAACGUGUCCAGGCAGAAUUGUCCUGUAUGUAUGGAGGACAUCCACACGUCCAGGAUCGGAGCCCACGUCCUGCCCUGCGGUCACCUGCUGCACAAAACCUGCUUUGAGGAAAUGUGCAAAACUGGAGCGUACCGCUGUCCCCUGUGCAUGCACUCUGUGUGGAAUAUGGAGGAGUACUGGGAGCAGAGAGAUAAGGAGAUCGCCCAGUCCCCCAUGCCCCCGGAGUACCAGAACGCUACAGUAAAGAUCCUGUGUAACGACUGCCAGAACCACUGUACCGUUCCCUUCCACGUUUUGGGGAUGAAGUGCAGCAGCUGUGGCUCCUACAACACAGCGCAGGACGGGGGUCUGAUACAGCCUCCAGAACAACCAGCACCACAACAACCUCAACCUCUACCACAGCAACCACCACAGCAACCUGCUGAACCCGAAUCAGAAACUCAAUGACCAGAGGAACUUUAGACUUCCUCUAAUUAUUUCUCCUCACUUCCUCUUCCUUUAUUAUUAUCCUCCACUGAUUUCUGUUCCACCUUAAAUACUGAAGCAGAGUGUAACUGCUGCUGCAUUUAAGGUGGAAUGGAAAAAAAGAAAACAUGGAAAAAGACGCUAAUUUCAGCUCCUGUUCGGGUUUGUUGAGUACUUUAAAGGAACACUCUAAAAGUUUUAGUCUAAUCUCUAUCUGCUCCCUCUGUAGUGUACCAUCAGUUACCACUUAUAACAGUUUCAACACCUUUCCUUAUGCCUGGUUUACACUACACUACUUUCACUACUACCUUUACAGCAUCUCACCAUUAUGAUGGUAUCACAAUACUGUGAUUCUGUGAUACAAGAUACUUCACAGCAUCUGAGUUACUGAAGAGGAUAAAAUGCUCCUAAAUAAUCAAAUACCAUUGCAUUUAUAUGGAUUCAUGGGUGUCAGUUUCACACAAUUUAUUCAGUUGUUUAUAGUGCCACACUGUGGAGAAAUUGAGCAGAAAUUACUGAGUCUAUUUAGGGGGCGGAGCUUAUCGCAUUUAAUAAAAAUAUCCAUAUUUGAUGCCAUGUGUACAUAAAUUAAAAUAAAAAAUGAAACAAUUUGAUAUAUUGUGAUAUCGAUACAUUGUCCCCCCCCCCUAUUUCACACUAAAACUUCACGAUUUGUAAUCACAACAGUUACUGAAGAGGAUAAUACUCAUAAAUAAUCAAAUUAUGGAAUUAGUGGUCUCAGUUUCACAGAAUUUAUUAAUUUGAUUAUAGCGCCACCCUGUGGAGUAGUGAAGCAGUACCUUUAAUAAGUCUAAUUGGGGGCCGAGUAACCAUAUUUGAUGCCACUUGUUAAUAAAGGUUUAAAAAAAGAAAAUGAUAUGAUAUAUCCUGAUAUCGAUACAUUGUCCCACCUCUACUAAUGGGGAAUAUUUUAGUGGGUGUGGUUUAGAUGACAGUAACGACUAAUCAGAACCAUGGGCCACAAAUUACCUCACGAAUUACAGUCUUUCACCAGAAGGAACACACCAUGAGUCUCCAAAAUAGCAGUACUUGUACUUUAUAAUAUAUAUUUCAUGUAUAUUGUAAUGUAUAUUUAAUGUAAACUACAUAAUGGUCUAUUGAAUCAUAUUAAAACUGAUUUUAGAUGUGUUACAGUAUAAUUGUGGUGAUAAACCUGAUGCUACAGAUACAGCAGAUAGAGAUUAGACUCAUUUAAGACACUUUUAAGAUUAAAGCCCCUCCCACCUUUCUCUGUGUAUCACUACCACCAAUCUGCUUUCAGACCCAUUUUGAUGACAUACCUCCUUUAUUCAGAUCUGAGCAACACUACCCCUCUAGGCCUGAGUGUGUGUGUGUGUGAUAUUAUCCUUAAUCACAUGUAUAAACAUUAAGUUGCUCCUUAUUUACAGAUUAAACUAUUAGUGUGUGUGUGAUUGCAAUAAAUUAUAAUGGGAGAUUUGAUAUUUAAUGAGCAGAACUGGAUUAAAACUGAAUUGCUGUAAAUUUCAGUUUGGGCUUUAAUUCAGAUUAUAUGGACACCUACUGUAUAUGUGAAAUUUAGGGGAAUUUUGGUGUGAUAUUUACAGACUGAUUUAUUUGCAGUGGUGGUGAAUGGAAACAGGCAUUGGUCACAAGCUAACCAGACUGUUUUUAAAAUACAGCUUUGGAAAAAAAUAAGAGACCAUUUUAAACCUCUGGAAUAUAAUCAAGAGGAAGAUGGAUGAUCACAAACCAUCAAACCACCAAACUGAACUGCUUGAAUUUUUGCACCAGGAGUAAAGCAGCAUAAAGUUAUCCAAAAGCAGUGUGUAAGACUGGUGGAGGAGAACAUGAUGACAAGAUGCAUGAAAAAAAAUAAAAACCAGGGUUAUUCCACCAAACUUUAAUCAAAAUCUGUGGGGGCGGAGCUUAGAACUUUAGAUGUUCUAUUUCUAUUCAUCACCACUCUACUGACUGUGUGAGAUUAUCUACAGUAGAUCCCGAUCUGAAAGGCUUGUUGGAGUUUGUUCUGAUUGUAUAUUCACUUUAACCAAUUACACAAUUCAGCUCUGCUGCUCAAAUGUGGUUAAAUAAUGUGGUUUAAACAAAUCAUUAUUACAUUAAAAAAUAAAAACGUUGAAUGCU